AACGUGGGGGAAGGAAAAUACCCAUCAAUUUACUAAUUAGGUUGGACCGUUGGAGUCGUUGGAAUGGUUGACUUACUAGGUGCUGUUUGGAAGGUAUAGCGCAUUGCAUAUGGGUUCUUAGAUAUUAUUUUCAUUUGCAACCAAAGAGCAACUUGUGACGAGGGAACAAGUAGAACUAGAAGGGAAGAGCCAGCAAGAAGGAAAAGAGGGAAAGUAUCCAUGGAGAGGGAAGAGCAGGCAAGAAGAGAGCGAGAGACAAUGAUGAAAAGACUUUAUGACGCUUCGUUGAGUGGAAGUCUCUCAUCUCUGAUUGAACUCAUUGAGGAAGACCAGCUCAUUCUCGAUAGAGAUUUUAUGAUUACUCACUUCAAUGAGACUCCACUCCACAUAGCAGCAAUGCUAGGCCAUGUUGAGUUUGCAAGAGAGAUUUUGAGACGCAAACCAGAACUUGCAACUGAGUUAGACUCAGAAAGUUCUUCACCUCUUCACUUGGCUUCAACAAAAGGGAACCUUGAAAUGGUGAAAGAGUUGUUAAGGAUCAACCCAGAUGUUUGUUGUAUUACUGACCAUGAUGGGAGAACCCCUCUUCAUCUUGCAGCGAUCAAAGGCCGGAUAGAUGUCAUGAAAGAGUUGAUUCAGGCUCGACCUAAGGUCAUUCAUGUGAGGGUGUUUGAUAGAGGAGAAAGCAUUCUACACUUGUGUGUUAAAUACAACCGUUUGGAGUCACUUAAACUAAUAUUGGAAUCAGCAACUGACCAAGAAUUAGAGCUUCUCAAUUCUAAAGAUGACGAUGGUAACACUGCUUUGCAUCUUGCUGCAGCUAAGAAACAGACAAAGGGCAUCGAGUUGUUGUUGGCUAAAAACGGAGUAGAGGUAAAUGCCUUGAAUGAGAGUGGUCUUACAGCUUUGGAUAUCUUAGCACAAUCUCCACGAGAUAUGAAAGACAUGGAUAUUGGUGAGUCUCUAAGGGCUCUUGGAGCAUUAAGAGCCAGAGAUAUUGGUGGGGCAACCAUAACAAGACCUAACACUUUGACGAUGACACAUACUUGUAAGGAAUCCCCUCAUGAUAAAUAUGACUGGUUAGAGAGGAAGAAGAAUUCAUUAAUGGUGGUGUCAACUGUGAUUGCUACUAUGUCUUUCCAAGCGGUAUUGAGUCCUCCACGUGGUCUUUGGCAAGAUGACAAUAAUAACCACAAAGCUGGUACAUCUAUACUCGCAGAUGAUCAAUUUGGAGUUUACACUGGAUUCUUAGUUGUUAACACACUUUCUUUCCUUGGGUCUCUUAGUAUUACCUUUUUACUCAUAAGUGGAUUGCCAUUGAAGCGAAGGUUUUUUAUGUGGAUAUUGCUGAUAAGUAUGUGGGUCGUUAUCACAUCAUUGGUAUCGAUUUACAUUAUAUCAAUGCUUGAAGUGACACCUGAUGGUCAGUUUGGGAUUUUAACGAAUUGUACAGUCAUUAUUUGGUUGGGAAUGGUGAGCCUUGUUCUUUUAGUUCACACUGGUCGCUGGUUCUUAAAGAGUGUGAAUGUAUUACCCUUGCUUCUGAGGGUUGGUGUGUGGACUUUUACCCUAGCAAUCACAAUCGGAUCAAUCGUGGAGUUUUCAAAAUAUUUUUAUUUCUGGGGAAUGAAGAUUUUACUUUAUAUCUUCUGUAUUUGGUGUGGAAUGGUGGUCCCUAUUCUCUUACUUUACACUGCCCGAUUCGUGAAGAAGAGCUGGAAAGUAUUAGUAAAGAUGGCUGGAUGUUUAAGAGCUAUGAGGAAUGAUGAGAAUCAAUCCAUUGUCUGAGCAAAUCUAAGUAGAACGACGUACUACUCAUGUUAUUUGAUUUUGGGUAGAAAUGCCUCAAAACAUUUUACUUUCAUUCUGAGAACUUUAUUUAUUUCUUCUCUGGUGUUUCUAUGAAACAUUACAUAUUUGUGUUUAUGAGUGUGAAAUGGAUGAUGGAUUCAUAAGCUAA